AUGUCUUCAAUCUCAAACAGCUCUGGUACUGCUUACGAGGCUCUACUUCCUCGUCCGCGUAUCUCUGCACCUGAUUCGGUUGUCGUUACUCUACUCGUCGGCGUUCAGCGCUUUGUCGUGCACGAAUCCGCUCUCAUCUACCACUCUGGUCUCUUCCGUACAGCUCUGUCCAAGAAGUUCAAAGAUCCGGAGAACGAGGAGUUGGACGUCCAAGACGUGGAUCCAGAUACGUUCGAGGUUUUCGUGCAUUGGCUGUAUUACCAACAGUUGCCCAGGAAGGACGGAAAUGACGACAAGGCUGUCGUAGACACAUUCUACAGUCACUACAGCGGAGAUGCCGAAUUUUACCCGUUCACGAAACUUUACGUUUUUGCGGUCGAGUACGAUGUCGCAGGCCUUUGCAGAGAUAUUAUUGAUCUACUCUUCCAUCUGACCAGUGACCUGGGUGGAGACUUGGCGGGGGGAGAAGCCAUUGCACACGCUUUCAACAACCUCAAGGAGACGGGUUCCAUGUGUCGACUUCUGGUUGAUCUCCAAUGCCGCUUCGACAACCCGCAUGACGUGCAAUACGAUAGGUAUACAUGCGUCGAGUUCUUGCAGGCGGUGUGGGAACGAUAUGUUCGCAUCACCUGCAGUGGUACCAUGCAAAUCGACGAUGACCUCGAGCUCUGCGACUACCACGAUCACCCCACCGAAGGAGAGAGAAUUGCUUGCGAGAAGGAGAGGAGGAUCUGUGAGAAGGAGAAGAGGGCUCGGGAGAAGGCCUUGCGUGAAUGA